GGCCAUGGGACGAUCGAGGCCUCUUCCGCAUGUUGGCUGCGCAAUAUUGAUCACCGCGACAUCAUCCAAGCUUGCAACGGUCAACCUGUCAGCGGCGCGAUGCAACAGCAAUGCAGCAUCUCGUAUUCGUCUAUGUCUUGGCAGUCGCUGCACCGUCGGGGUGCGAUAAGUCGCAAAGCUUAUAUCGUGCCUUCGCGCUCUCCGAGUAGAAAAGCUCUGGGCGUGUGCAUGUAGAAUUCCGAUUUCAAGACAUUUAUUUGAUCAAGUUCAACGACACGAUGCUCGCCUUGAUCCUCAAAACCGUACUAUCGGCUGCGGCUGUCGUGUCAGCGUGCACCCCUCCGACAGAACCUCUUUCCAACAACAUAACCGAGGGCUUCGGAAUUCAGAUUCAGAAUGCUUCAGUUCCCAUCAUCCACAAUCGCUACAUCAACUUGUGGUCGGCGGGCGGCGGUGACCAGCAUCUCUACUUGAGCCCCGCUGGAGACUCUGCUUUCAACUUGACUCUAGUCAACGGCGUGCUGUCGAGGGGAAUCAUUCAUGCCGUCAUCAAUGGAGAGUACACUGCAGACGACAACACGACCAAGAUGUUCAUGACGGAGCGCGGAGACCCCAAGGCCUUCUUCCAGCCUGUCUAUGGAUGCAACCCGGACACGGAUGCUGUUCAGGUCGAGUUGGACUUCGUUUCUAGAGCCGCUGUUCCAGGUGGUUUCAUCUGCUUCAGAAGUGCGUCUGGAGACAGGCACGAGGCAAGAUACUCGCCUCCCGGUAACACAGUCAUCAGAGCAGACCGUCCUUGCUACGAGGUAACGUUGGCUGUGGUUCCUGCUCCGGCAGCGUGAAAAGAGCUGAAGGCAAAGGUGUCAACAUUAUGAAGAGAAAUGAAUGCUUCGAUCGAACACAAAGAAAGUCUCAUUGAGCUGAUGGUCCUGAGCUCAUAAUUUGACUUCAUGAAGUACAACAGCGUGAUCUUCCCUAUUAAAUACCUUGAUGUAGUGAAUUAUCACCUUGUGAAUCGAUGCAAACCUCAGAAUGAUUAAACAGAAAUGCACAAGGUAAAAGUCGCUAAAAGCAAUAAAUAGGGCGUUAUAAUAAUAAGUCCUAAUGACUAUC